GGCCGGGCGCUUUCUCGCAGCCUCUGCAGCAGCCGAUCUGUCUGCCCAGCGGCGCUCCCACUCCUAGACUUUGUUCCUGUUUCCUCCCGCGCUGCUCGCCAAAGGCAUCGGUUACCAUGGUGAAGGAGAAAGUGGCCCACCCUCAAGACCCUCACCACCCGUCAGAGAAGCCUGUCAUUCACUGCCAUAAAUGUGGAGAGCCGUGCAAAGGGGAAGUGCUUCGGGUCCAAACCAAGCAUUUCCACAUCAAAUGUUUCACCUGCAAAGUGUGCGGCUGUGACCUGGCCCAAGGGGGCUUCUUCAUAAAGAACGGGGAGUAUCUCUGCACCCUGGACUACCAGAGGAUGUAUGGCACACGAUGCCAUGGCUGCGGGGAGUUCGUGGAAGGAGAGGUGGUGACCGCCCUGGGCAAGACCUACCAUCCCAACUGCUUUGCCUGCACGAUCUGCAAGCGCCCGUUUCCACCCGGAGACCGAGUCACGUUCAAUGGGAGAGACUGCCUUUGCCAGCUCUGCGCGCAGCCAAUGUCUUCCAGCCCUAAAGAAGCCUCCUGCUCUGGCAAUUGUGCUGGCUGCGGACGAGACAUCAAGAAUGGACAGGCCCUGCUGGCGCUGGAAAAGCAGUGGCACUUGGGUUGCUUUAAGUGCAAGUCCUGCGGGAAAGUCCUCACCGGCGAGUACAUCAGCAAGGAUGGUGCUCCAUAUUGUGAAAAGGACUACCAGGGGCUCUUCGGGGUAAAAUGUGAAGCCUGCCACCAGUUCAUCACAGGGAAAGUCCUGGAGGCGGGUGACAAGCAUUACCACCCAAGUUGUGCACGAUGCAGCAAGUGCACCCAGAUGUUCACAGAAGGAGAGGAAAUGUAUCUUCAAGGUUCUACCGUUUGGCAUCCCGACUGUAAGCAAUCGACCAAGACUGAGGAAAAGCUGCGGCCACCAAACGUCCGUCGAUCUCCGUCUGAUUUCUUUUAUCCCAAAAGUCUAAUUCGACGCACAGGACGGUCCCCGUGUCUGCAGCUGUUAUCACCUCCUUGUCUGGUGAACUUCGACAAAAACCCAAGGCAGCCUACCAGGACUUCCUCCGAAAGCAUUUACUCUCGACCAGGCUCCAGCAUCCCUGGAUCCCCGGGUCAUACUAUCUAUGCAAAAGUGGACAAUGAAAUCCUGGAUUACAAGGAUUUAGCAGCCAUUCCCAAGGUCAAGGCAAUUUAUGACAUUGAACGUCCAGAUCUUAUUACCUAUGAGCCUUUCUACUCUUCGGGCUAUGAUGACAAACAGGAGAGGCAGAGCCUGGGAGAGUCUCCAAGGACUCUCUCUCCUACUCCAUCAGCGGAAGGUUACCCGGAUGGGCGGGACCGGAUGAUCCACCGGUCCACAAGCCAGGGCUCCAUCAACUCCCCGGUGUACAGCCGCCACAGCUACACUCCAACCACAUCCCGCUCUCCUCAGCAUUUUCACAGACCCGAGCUGCUGUCUCCUGGUGUGCAGAGGUCCUUCCUGCGCACCAGCAGCCUCAGCUCCGCCCACAGCGACUCCCGCCCCAACUCCCCAUUCCGACACCACUUCCUUCCCCAUGUGAAAGGCAAUGAGCCGUCCAGCGGCCGGAACUCCCCUCUCCCUUACCGGCCAGACAGCCGCCCUCUCACUCCAACUUACGCUCAGGCCCCUAAACAUUUCCAUGUUCCAGAUCAAGGGAUCAACAUUUACCGAAAACCACCCAUCUACAAACAGCAUGCUGCCUUGGCAGCCCAGAGCAAAUCUUCGGAAGACAUCAUCAAGUUUUCCAAGUUCCCAGCAGCCCAGGCUCCAGACCCCAGCGAGAUUCCAAAGAUUGAGACGGACCACUGGCCCGGUCCCCCCUCACUUGCCGCCGUAGGAGCUGACGCCAGACGCAGAUCUAGUGGCCGAGAGGAAGAGGAUGAAGAACUUCUGAGACGCCGGCAGCUUCAAGAGGAGCAACUAAUGAAGCUCAACUCAGGCCUCGGCCAGUUGAUCCUGAAAGAAGAGAUGGAGAAGGAGAGGGAGAGCCGGGAGAGGGCCUCCCUGGCCGCCAGUCGCUGUGAUUCCCCCAUCAACUCAGCUUCACAUGUUCUAUCGUCCAAAACCUCAUCUCUCCCAGGCUAUGGAAGAAAUGGGCUUCACCGGCCUGUUUCUACAGACUUCGCUCAGUACAACAGCUACGGGGACGUCAGCGGGGGAGCGCGAGACUACCAGACCCUCCCAGAUGGCCACAUGCCUGGAAUGAGGAUGGACCGGGGGGUCUCCAUGCCCAACAUGUUGGAACCAAAGAUAUUUCCGUAUGAAAUGCUGAUGGUGACCAACAGGGGGCGCAACAAAAUCCUAAGAGAUGUGGACAGAACCAGGCUGGAGCGCCACUUAGCCCCAGAAGUGUUUCGGGAAAUCUUUGGAAUGUCCAUCCAGGAGUUUGACAAGUUACCUCUUUGGAGACGCAACGACAUGAAGAAAAAAGCAAAACUCUUCUGAGUCCCACACGUAGACAGCCAUUAGGAGGACUGACCACGGCAGGGACACAUAGGAUGUUGAAUUAAGGCCCAAACUUGAUUGGAGCAUUUGCAAACUACAGUCCCUCAGCAACAGCCAAAAGGGAAAAAUCUGAUUAAAACACCCAUGAGCCAAAUAUGGGGCCAGCCCAUGGCCAAUCUCGCCCAGCAGCAGUGGGGUAGAAAUGUCUGUGUUUCCAUGCUCGACAUUAGCGUUCACCUGUGACCUUUUCCCGUCACCUUGUGUCCACAACAGGAGCUACUUCUUUCAUUUUCUUUCAACUGUUAUCCAACAGUAGUGCGUCUGUAUGAAUAAGAGCCAGCAAGUGCCCUUAAGAUGCCGCAUGGGCAAGCAAUUGUAAUAAUUCCAAAGUAUGAAUAUAUUUAUCUUGUAGCGCCUUGGCUGAGAAGCAAGAGCCUGGGGGACAGGUCCAUGUGGCAGCAGCCUUUGCCUCUUUCCUCACUGGCCUCCUGCAGUUGCCCAGGCCUCAGCAGGAUGGACAGCAGGGUCGGGCUCCCCAGGAGCUCUGUUUCAAUAGCCACCAAAGGCAUUUUUAACAAGCUCCUUGUUCCCUACUGUUUGCUAGGACCCAACUUGGCAAGUUACUUAGCUGUUGCUAAAAAAAAAAUUGAGAAAGAGAGGAAAAAGGAAUGGAUGAAAAUUCUCCUUUACCCCUUUUCUGCUUCAGGAAGUGUGUUCCUCCCCACCAAGGACAAGAGCUGUCUCAGCCCCCAGCCCUCCACUCUCACAAAGAAAGGAAAGGGAAAGAUUGUCUCCUGAUUGGCCCAGUUGGAUACUGUUAGAUGAGUUUGGUCCAAAGGCCAUAGCCCUCUUGACCAAAAAAAAAAAAAAAAAAAAUCUGUGUCUUCCCAAUGCAAGUUUCCCAACCCAGCUUCCUCUUCUUUCUAUCCAGCAUCCUAUAUAUCACACCAAGCCCUCGAUGAUUUUGAGUUCUUUAAGGUCUUUUCAGUAGUAGGCUAAGGAAAGGCAUGUUUUUCUCUUUGAAAGCUCUGAAACUCAAGGGCGAUGGCCCCCAGCUAAUUUAAUUUGGUCUUUCCAGCUUUCUCGCCUAGCUCUGCUGACUUCCUGAUAUGUGUGUGUGUGUGUGUGUGUGUGUGUGUUUUCAUGUUUUCACUCACCCAUGACAGUUUGGGGAGUCUGCUUGUGCUUUUAAAUUUCAUUCCUGCUUGAAGGUUUGUCCCACUCAGCUGCAGUUUCUAGGGGACAUUUGCACAGGUGCAUGUGACUCAGUGGUCAAGAGUGAGGCUAACUGCAUCCUGGCCAGCAGGUCCAUCAUGGAAAGAUGCUGGUGGUUAGAAGCUGGCAUAUUCCCUGACACAUGUAGCUCAAGUCAGCAUCAGACUGAAGACCGAGGCUUUGGAUCAAGCUGGGAGGAGACAACAGCAGAGCAUCCCACCAGAGUCCUCAAACUCAGCAACACAAGAUUCACAUUGGAGCCAAGGAUUACACCCAAACUUGCAUUUAAGACACCCACCAUGGUUCCUGAAAGCCUCUGGCUGAGACUUGAAGGUGAUGUCAGAUACAUGUAGGAGGUUGUCGCAUUUAUUUGUGUGCUUUGGAGGGCUGCUUAAGAAUUUAAACUCGUAUUUAAAGCCAAAGGAGAAAGCAUAGGAGGUUGUCACAUUAAUUCUCAUGCUUUGGGGGCUCUGUUUAAGAACUUGUAAACUCUAUUUUAAAGCCAAAGGAGAGAACCUGUAUAUGCCACUAAUUGUAAAAGCUCAGAAGUUCUUCCUGCUGGCACCAAAUAUUAGAAUGAGUUAGUAGCUGAUACCAGUGCAAAAAGCAAGAAUAUUCUUUCUGACCUUGUGCUGGAGACCUAACUUGUGACACACUGUAGAGACUGGGUGUCUUAAUGAACAUGACAGUUGCUUUAUUGUAUUCUGUGCUCUUCCCAAAGGAAUCUAAACCUGCCUGACCUUUGCUAGACACUGAAUGUUUGAGGACUGUGUAUGUGUGUGAACGUGGGUUGGACCUACUGAUGUAUUUAGCAAAUGGUUCUGGUGAGGUUGAUGUGAGGAAACCAGCUCCUCCUUGGACUGAAGGCAGAUCACAGCCCCUUCAAUUUUAUCCCUUCAUCUGUUUGGUUUGUUGCCUUUUGCUUCAUUCAAUACAUCCACUGGCCCAUCUUCUCUCUAACCUCUCCUGCAUGGGCAGCCCUCAGCACCUGUGUGUCCUGAUCCUCGCUUCACUUUGGCCAAGUAUGAACGUGGGGACCACAGUGUAGACCCAGUGUUUCCCUGCCUUGACCAAUGACAAAGAUGGCCGAAUGGAUCCUAGGGCUCAGCUAGAGGAGAGAGAUUUUCAUGAUGGAGAUAAGAAGGACCCUCAGUGUUUUUCACUGGUGAAUGAAUUAAAACCCACAUACUUGCCGAUCAAAUGUCAGUGGAAUAAAAACCCCAAUGAUAGUUAAAGAACUGAGCCCUAAAUUUGCCCCCACCAAUGAAACUUUACUUUUCUUCUUACUUUUGAAUUCAGUUCAGCAUCCUCCUUGGGUGAGGGGAACGCUUCUUUGCAUAUCAAAUGUAUUAGCUAAUUUAAACUAUACCAUGCAAAACUGCCUUUCCAGAAGUGCCGAUGGCUUCCUGUCUGUAAGCAGAGCAGUGCUGCUCUCUGAAGUGGGGGCUCCCCAGCCCCACUCCCCGGCAGAAAGCUCCAGGCGGAGUGAUGGGUCACGGCACAACCUGGUUCUCCCAACUGCCAAAUCAAAUCAGUGGGCUACAACACCCUAUCUGUUUCGUUGAACUGAGCUCAGCAUGCUUGUCCCCAGAAUGUCCAGGUCACUGCACAGGAAAUCAGUGUUCUCUGCCUGAAUCCCGCCCUGCAUAAAAAAUUCCAGUUCUUAACACUGUCAAAUUAAUGAGAAUUGUUUACUCUAGGAAAAGGAAGUAUAUGCAUGGCAAGCUUCCCUAGUACAUACAGAAAGGGCUACAUUUUUGAGCAUUGGACUGACUGGUGAUUCUUGAAGCAUAGGCUGAUUGCAUGAAGAGGCCUCUAUAGUUACAUGAAGGUCAGCACUUCCUUUAGAGUUUCUUCCAGAAAAGCCAGGAUACCAUUUAGUCUUUGGGUGUGAUUUAUGUCAAGACACAAAGAGCAUUUGGAAACUUGUCCAUCUUGCUGGGCGUUUAUCUCUUGGUUUGGGUUCGUUACUAAAUGUUCUUAAUGUGACUUCUUUAAUCACAAAAGAGAAACUGCCUGUUCUCGGAAACCUUGAACAGAAAAGCUAGCUAGCGUCAAUGGGUAGUAAGGUGCAAAGAAGAAAAAUAGCUUCUCCCUGUCAUGUCCUCAGUCUCCCCUCUUCUCCCAGUUCUGUUGUGUCCAAGCUGAGUUUCCUCUUCCAGGGUGAGGCUGGAACUACGCCUUUUUCAACUUCCAUCCCCUCCAUCUGUGAUGUCAAUCAGCUCCACUGGGAAAAGUCUCACUGGAAAUGUUUCUUAAACUUUCACCCAAUUUCUUUACACUUUAAAGCAAACACCUUUUUCUAAAGAACUGCUUCUCAGAUGAUUAUAUAAAAUAUAUAUGCUUUUACAAGCUUAAAAAUUCAAAUUCACUUUUGACUAGAUAGGUCUUUCUGAAAACUCUUUAAGGCAAACUUGGUGUUAGCAUUCUCCUGUGUAUUGAGGGGCAGGGGACCCUCCUGUCUGUAGGCUCCCAGAGCCCUCUCUCUGACUGCCGGGAAAGACGGUGGAAGGAAGAUGAACUUUGUGCCAUCAACCCUUCUGUGUCCUCUGCAGGAAGCUCAGUUUUUACAAAUCAUCUUGUCUGUUUUUCCAGUCACUGUUUAAUCUAUACUUCCUAGGCCAGACUUGAUUUUAUCUGACUUAUUAAGAUUAUUUCCCUUUGAUAAAACAAGUGUUUGUCAGGAUGCCCUAAAACUUACUCAUUAGUACUCCCUUUUGAAGUACGUUCUAUUAAAAAAAACAGAUUAUUUCAGGCUUGAGAUUUGUAAUGACACCUUAUACUGCAUUAAGGGAACUACCCAAUUAUGCUGUUUUUUUUUUCUUUUUUGAAGGGUAAUUGCUUUACAGAAUUUUGUGGUUUUCUGUCAUACAUCAAGAACCAGCCAUACAUACAACCAUGUCUCCUCCCUCCCAGAUGCCCUCCCAAUUAUGUUUUAAUGAAAGAAAGAGAAACUUUGGUAUUAAAAAAAAAAUCACUUUCUGUUUGCUGCCAAGAAGCAGUGGGGAGAUGGUGACUGACACACUUUGCAUGUGAAUCUUUGUGUUUUUCAUUUGGGACAAGUUUCAUUUAUGACAGACUCAAAAGGGGGAAGUGGUCAGUUUAAGCUGGAAAGCUUUCUAAACAAUCUGCUUGUACACAGCAAAAUUAAAGCCAAUCUUUUCUGAUGCUUAGUGUAAUGGAGUGGCAAUUGCUCUCAUUAAAUAAAAUUCUUCCCCAAAGAGUCUCUCCCAACCCCUUAGUCGCUUUCUGAGCCCAUUUGGCAAAGGUAGAGGAGAAGCCUGCAUCCACUAACAUUCACAAAGGCAGGGAGCUACUUAGUGAUUGUAUACGUGUAUGUUUCUUUACUCUUACGGAAGAGAAGUGUCCAAGGGAUUGGUGUUCUUUUGGGGUGUUCUGUACAGACCUGUCCAGUAAUAAACGUGUGGUUUCUGUGAGUUGCCGACAA